AGCGGAAUGUCUGGAAUGCUCCACAUGUUGGGACUCGCCCGCUGUUUUCUCUCUCUCUCUCUCUCUCCCCGACUCUCUGCCAUCAUGCGCGGCUACCGCGGCGUGAAGUACUCGCUCUUCUGCCUCUGCUACGUCUUCUGGGUGGUCAGCGCCGUCCUGAUCGCCGUGGGCGUUUACGCCAAGAUCGCCAAGGAGAAAGGCGUGGUGGACUCAUUGUCCGUUGACCCCGCCCUCUUCCUGAUCUGCGUUGGCUCCUUCCUCUUCCUGCUGACCUUCCUGGGAUGCUCCGGCUCGCUCAGGAACGCCCCCUGCCUGCUUAACGCUUUCCUGUCGCUGCUGCUUCUGGUUCUCGUCCUUCAGAUCGUCGCCGGUUGCGUCUGUUUCCUCUUCACCGAUCAGGUGCUGGAGCGCUCGGAGCGGCUGCUGAUGCGGGCGGUGGAGAGUUACCGUGACGACCCCGACCUGCAGAACGCCAUCGACUUCGUCCAGCGGAAGUUCGGCUGCUGCGGCGUGGGCGGGCACGGCGACUGGGACCGCAACCCCUACUUCACCUGUCGCCACGGCAACCCGGGCCUGGAGGCCUGCGGCGUGCCCUACUCCUGCUGCCGUCGCCACGGCAACCAGACGGUCCUGAACACCAUGUGCGGCUACGGGAUGCAGGACCAGGACCCGGACCGGGACCGGGACCAGGACCGGGACCGGGACCGGGACUGGGACCGGGACCAGCAGAUCUUCACUGUGGGCUGUUUGGAGCAGAUCCGGACCUGGACCAGGAACAACCUGCUGCUGGUGGCCGGACUGACGCUGGCCAUGCUGCUGCUGGAGGUCUCCCUGGUGGUUCUGGCUCUGGUCCAGGUCUGCUGGAUCCGCCGGGUCCAGAAGAGGAACCGGGACCGGGACCGGGACCGGGAGAGGGACCGGAGCCCGUCCGUCUGGCUGCCGGCGUUCGCUGACUUCGACUACGACUGAGGCUAGCAGCUAGCUUCAUUGAAAAUUUCAAAAAAGAAAUAUUAAUAAAUAUUUAAAAAAUUAGAAUUCAUUAAAAUGAUUAGAUAUUAAAAUGAUUGAAAAAAAUAAUAAUAUAGAAAAAUAAUUUGAACCAGUCAAGAAGUUGUAGAUAAAUAAAAUGAUUUAAUAAGUAUAUAUAUACAUA